UUGUCGGUCAAGUCAGCCGGGGGUCAACUUUUCAAGUCUGUGAGGUGUAUCCUGAACAAACUGAAGUCCCAGCACGUUUAGGUGCCCUCUCCACAAAAUUUUUGACCCCUUUUUCUUCUUGCGAACCUCUUUAAAAUGGAGGACGGUUACCAAAACCGGACUGCCUUCAUAAAAGGUGCCAAAGACAUUGCCAAAGAAGUCAAGCGGCAAGCAUCUAAGAAGGUCGGCCGUUCAGUGGAUCGGGUGACCGAUGAGUACAGCAAGCGCUCCUACAGCCGUUUUGAAGAGGACGAUGACGAUGACUACCCCAUGCAGGGAAGCCAGGAUGGAGGCUACUACCGUGGAGAUAGCCAGGCAGCCAAUGACGACGAGGGCGGUCACAGUGACUCUACAGAGGGUCACGAUGAGGAUGAUGAAAUCUACGAGGGAGAGUACCAAGGAAUUCCCAGGGCUGAUUCAGGCAAAGGCAGCCUGGCUGGAGGCCCGGGCUCGGUGAAAGCCGGUGCUCAGCAGUUCACAGAUAUCGGAGUGUCCGAGGCAGAGAGGAGGAAGGACCAGGAAGAGCUGGCUCAACAGUACGAGACCAUUUUACAAGAAUGUGGUCACGGGAAGUUCCAGUGGACCCUGUACUUUGUGCUGGGGCUGGCUCUCAUGGCAGAUGGCGUGGAGAUCUUUGUGGUCGGGUUCGUCCUGCCCAGCGCUGAGAAGGAUAUGUGCCUGUCUGAACCUAACAAAAGCAUGCUAGGUCUGAUUGUAUAUUUUGGGAUGAUGGUUGGGGCUUUCCUCUGGGGGGCUCUGGCUGACCGAAUAGGCCGUCGGCAGUCUCUUCUCAUCUCUCUCUCCAUCAAUAGUGUCUUCUCCUUCUUCUCCUCCUUCGUUCAGGGCUACAGCACUUUUCUGUUUUGUCGGCUUCUCUCAGGUGUUGGGAUUGGUGGCUCAAUUCCCAUCGUGUUUUCCUACUACUCUGAGUUUCUGUCCCAAGAAAAGCGUGGCGAGCACCUCAGUUGGCUCUGCAUGUUCUGGAUGAUUGGGGGAAUAUACGCAUCUGCUAUGGCCUGGGCUAUAAUCCCACAUUAUGGAUGGAGUUUCCAGAUGGGCUCUGCGUAUCAGUUCCAUAGCUGGCGUGUGUUUGUGUUAGUGUGUGCGUUCCCUUGUGUUGCAGCCAUCGCUGCCCUCAGUGCCAUGCCAGAGAGCCCACGCUUCUACUUAGAGAAUGGCAAACAUGACGAAGGCUGGAUGAUUCUGAAGCAAGUUCACGACACUAACAUGCGUGCAAAGGGAUGCCCAGAGAAGGUGUUUUCUGUCACCACAAUUAAGACGGUGAAACAGAUGGAUGAGUUGGUGGACACUGGCACCGAUACUCCAGUCUGGAAGCGCUACCGACUGAAGAUUAUGAGCCUCUCCCAACAGAUACGGAAUAACAUUCUCGCCUGCUUCAACCCAGAAUAUAAACGGACGACUUUCAUGCUUAUGGCUGUUUGGUUUACCAUGUCUUUCAGCUACUACGGUCUGACGGUGUGGUUCCCAGACAUGAUCAAAUACAUCCAGAAGCAGGAAUAUGAAUCACGCACAAAGACCUUCAUGAAGGAACGAGUGGAGCAUGUGACUUUUAACUUCACCCUCGAAAACCAAAUUCAUCGCGAAGGACACUACUUCAAUGACAAGUUCCUCAACUUGAAGAUGAAGUCCAUGGUGUUUGAAGACUCUGUGUUCGAGGAGUGCUACUUUGAGGACAUCACCUCCACACACACCUUCUUCAGAAACUGCACCUUCGUUGCAAGUUUGUUCUAUAACACAGAUUUGUUCAAAUACAGGUUUGUUGACUGUAAACUGGUCAACAGCACGUUUCUCCACAACAAGGAGGGCUGCAUACUCGACUUCAGCGACGACUUCAACAAUGCCUACAUGAUAUACUUUGUUAACUUCCUCGGCACGUUGGCAGUGUUGCCUGGCAACAUUGUGUCGGCUCUAUUAAUGGACAAAAUUGGCCGUUUAAGGAUGCUGGCGGGAUCCAGUGUCAUAUCUUGCAUCAGCUGUUUCUUUCUGAUGUUCGGCAACAGUGAGUCAGGGAUGAUCGCCCUCUUGUGUCUGUUUGGUGGCAUCAGCAUCGCCUCGUGGAACGCCUUGGAUGUGAUAACAGUGGAGCUCUACCCCUCGGACAAAAGGUGCACAGCAUUCGGCUUCCUGAAUGCCCUCUGUAAGCUGGCGGCCGUCCUGGGCAUCAGCAUCUUCCAGUCAUUUGUCGGCAUCACCAAGGCCAUACCCAUCUUAUUUGCUGCCGGCGCGCUUGCUGCAGGUAGUUUCCUUGCAACAAAGUUGCCUGAAACACGAGGCCAAGUGUUGCAGUAAAGAAAAUGACCAGCAGUGGGCAGCAGGGCACAGCUGGAGUGUGUGUUUGACAAUUAGAGCCCGAACAUCCCUGAGAGCUUCAGCGCUGCCCGUCACACACACCAACAGAACAGACUGCCAUCCCCAUUGUAAGCCCAGAAUCCUUUGAAAUAUGGAUUGCAUCAUUCAAAGUCUAUACAGAGCCACAGUGAUUAAGAGAAGAGCAGCGCAGAUUUAGAAAUAAAUACUUUCAGCUACACUGUCAACAACAUCAGAUCUUUUAAAAGUGUCAAAUGCGCAGGGUAAUGCAGUACAAAUUGUGGCGUGCAGUAAGGAUAAAUGUUAAUUCCUGGGAGUUUUCUCUCACUGACCCGACCUUACCAGAUCUACAAUAUCAAUUGAGAAAACAGAGAUGUCAAUUGAAGAGAUGAGACUGAAAAAAAGCCAUUUAUGGGGGAAAACGUGAAAAGAUUUACUCUAUGUAUGUGGUCGAUUUUCAAUUAUGAUUGCAGUAUUCUUCUUUAUCGUCUGUCCUCGGCCUCAGUGACUGGCUUUCAGUGAUGCUUUUUAAUUUGCUGUGAUGUUACUGCUACAAUGCACUUCACAUUUCCAUUCAGACCGAUGUGCUUGUGUUUGAUGAAAAGAUUUUCUUUGGGUGAAUAUAUUUUCUCUAAAAACCGCCAAUGACUCUUGACCACUGCCUACUACUGAAGCCAGACCUGCAAGCUCUUAUUUUCUACCAAAUAAUAUUAAGACAUUCCGGUGAGGCUUGAUUUAUUCAGAAACUAAGUACAAUUUCCCUUUGUCCCUGCAUAAAUCCAGUCUCCUCCUCUACUUAUAGCCUCAAAACACACAGGUGAAGAUGCAUUUCACAGGAUUCUCUGUUGUAAAUGGGACUAGUUUGAUCCAGCUCCUCAGUGUUCAGUGUUAAACUAAUAUUUUCCCUACCUGUUGUUGAACCAUACAGCUGUGGCAGUGUGAUGGUGUUCAUGCCUACAACACAGGAACGUCUGUGGGAUGGAUUUUGGUCAAGUUCUAAAUGUGAGAGCAGAUACUAUAGUGUUAUAUUUGCCUAAAUUAGUUGUGUGAGUGUACGUGGGAUUGCAUGCAUGUCUUUGUUAUGUGAGACAAGAGAAAGUGAUUCAUUCAUUAAAUUAAAAUUAAAUUAAAUUAUUAAAUUACGUCAUUUCAUUCAAAUCAGUGCAGCCACAAAGACUUUAUUUACUGAUCCAACAGCAGAAUGUUUUAGGCUAAUUUAGACAUAAUUAUAUCAGCAUAUAACUCAUGCAGUAGCUCAGGUGUGGUGAAAUGUUUAGACCACGAUUACAGCUGGUAUUUUGUUUUAGCACCACUCCACCAAAUUAUUGUACAUGCAAGAUAGUUUUCUGAUAUUUCCGGCUGCGUCCCAUAUGCAUUACUGCAUCAGUUAACCUUAAUAUGAAAAGAAGUCACAAAACAAGUCAUUUAAAUUGAGUGUGAAAGUUUAUUCUUGACCUCAGUAACAAGAGUAAGAGAUUUGGACCGCAUCUCACUGUCCUUCUUAGCAGUUUGCUUUAGUGUUUCGCUGUUUUGUCUUUUUAUGUUUGGGUUUAAAACAUACAAUCAAUGCAGUUGAGGCAGUUAAUGCCUCUUUAAAGUCAUGAUAUGACUUCAUUAUACCCAUAAGCACAAAUUAAACUGGACCAAAAGAUGAAGAAUCAGUUAAAAUAAAAGUCCUAUUGAUCAGGCAGAGUGGCACAAAGAGAAAACCGAGAUUACAAAUCCCUCACCUAAUUUCAUUUUAAGGGCUCCUGUUCCUGUCAUUCUUUUACUGCGUCCGUUUGUGCCAGAAGACAAGAAAAGUUAUUACUCACUGUUCCUGUAUGAUACCGGUUGAUAACAAUCUGUAAGGAUAACAGAAGUAAACAGGAAAAAAAAUGUGAUCCUAAAUUAGAAACAAUCACUAAUCUAACUGAGUACCAUUCUUUAUACAUAUCACUACUUCGGUAUCAUUUCUCCAAAGGUGUACAUCAAUAUGUGUGCUGACAAUCAGUGAGUGAGUAAAUGGGGGCUGCUGCUACCCAAUAGAGUAUGUUAUUUGACCUAAAGACAUCCUCUGGAUUGUGUGUGUGUAUUUGAGAGAGAGAGAGAGAGACAUUAAAAGAAUAAUUCGGUAUGCUUAUUCAUUGUAUUGCUGAGAGUCUGAUUAAAAGAUCAAUACCACUCUCAUGUCGGUGGGUAAAGUAUGGAGUUGACGCCAGGAUGGAAUUAGACUUGAGUUUUAUUACCUUUGCACAGAGCCAGGCUAGCUGUUUGCCCCUGUUUCCAGUCUUUAUGUUAAGCUAAGCUAACCCACUUGUGGCUGUACUUCGUACAUAUCCACAGGCAUG